UAUUCCGUCAGCGUCAAGAAAGACGUCUGUCAGAAACUAAAACAUCGUGUGCCGUUUCGAUAGUCUUUAUCUAAAUUAACCCCGGUUCUAGUUUUACUUGAUAAAAAUGAGUGAGGAAUACAUAUUUGAUACUGAAUACGGUCUGGAAUACAGUGAGGACAGUACGUCCGAGCCGGAUGUCGACUUAGAAAAUCAGUACUACCUUGCGAAAACUAUGAAAGAAGAAAACCCUAGAAGCGCCAUACCAGCAUUUCAAAAGGUGUUGGAUAUCCAAGGUGAAAAUAAAGGCGAGUGGGGAUUUAAAGCCCUAAAGCAGCUAGUGAAAAUAAAUUUCCAGUUAAAUAACUAUGGGGAAACGAUGUCACAAUAUAGAGAACUGUUGAGGUAUAUUAAUCACGCGGUCACCAAGAACCACGGCGAGAAGUCUAUUAAUUCCAUUUUGGAUUACACCUCGAAUUCUCGGGAUAUUGAGCUUUUGCGUAAGUUCUACGAGACUACGCUGGAGGCUUUAAAAGUUGCGAAGAAUGAGAGAUUAUGGUUUAAAACCAACACAAAACUGGGAAAAGUCUACUUGGAGAGACGGGAGUACUACAAAUUAGCCGGUAUAAUUAAAGAACUGAAAAAUAGUUGCAAAUUUGAAGAAUGCAACGACGUUGACCCACAUAAAGGCACUCAAAUGUUGGAAGUAUUCGCAUUGGAAAUACAGAUGUACACCGAGCAAAAGAACAAUAAAAAGCUUAAGGAACUGUAUGAAAAAUCCCUUAAAAUUCGUUCAGCGGUGCCGCAUCCUUUAAUAAUGAGCGUGAUACGAGAAUGCGGUGGCAAAAUGCAUUUAAGGGCGGGCGAGUAUGAAAACGCUUACACGGACUUUUUCGAGGCAUUUAAAAAUUACGACGAGUCGGGUAACCCCCGCAGGAUUAAUUGUUUAAAGUACCUAAUACUAAAUAGUAUGCUGAUGAAGAGCGCAAUCAAUCCUUUCGACUCUCAAGAGGCGAAACCUUACGCUAAUGACCCAGAGGUAAAAGCCCUUACCCUAUUGAUAAAUACCUUCCAGAAUAACGAUAUGGAGGGAUUUGUUGUUAUAUUUGAAAAACAUAAGGAAUCCUUAAUGAGGGACCCUUUUAUUCGUGAACACUUAGAGGAGCUGUUAAAAUACGUGCGAGGCAACGCGAUGCUCGGAUUGAUAAAGCCCUACCGAAAUAUCCGGAUUUCUUUCAUUAGCGAGCAACUCGGCAUGAACGAGGAGGACGUUGAAAAUCUCCUGGUUUUAUAUAUUUUGGACGGCCAUAUUAAUGGAAGGAUCGAUCAAGUUAAUAAAAUAUUAAGGAAACGCGAACAGUGUGAAAAUAUAGAACAAUAUGUUGCUCUAGAGAAGUGGGCGAAUAGUUUAGCGACUGUCAGUACUACAUUUUUUACUUAAAAAGUUUUCCCAUUUUUGUAUUUUGCAGCAUUUUUUUUCCAUUUGCUUUGAUAAAAAAUAUCUUGGAUUAUAUUUAUGUUAUUUCCUUUCACAAGAUUUGAAUCCCUGCAUUUAUUUGAUUUUUAAAUAUUUUCAAUAAAUUUUUAGUAAAUAAA